UUUAAACGUUAACACCAGAGUGGGCUGUUUGAAGCAAAUUCCAUAAAGUUGUCUGUUCUAUCGUCAAUUCUGGAGCUGUUUGAAAUUGUUCAGGAGUUUUCCCCUUUCCAUUCACGUACUCUACAUUUUGGAAAGACACAGAUAUUCGCAUGUUACAAAUGUCAAGCAAGUCGUUCUUGGGGGCGGAUCAGAAUCUUGUAUUACUCAACCAUCUUGGACCGCAUCUAAUGCGGAUGUGACUAGUAGUGCACAGCUAGCGGCUUCAUUAGAGGGAAAGGAAAGAUUAGUGAAGUCAGCUACCUCAAGCAGCAAGAAUGAAAAUGCUUACAUUUGGCGUAACAAUCGUCCGACAUGGUGAAACCCAGUACAAUAAGGACAAGCUACUUCAAGGUCAGGGUGUAGACUUGCCCCUGUCAGAGACUGGGCUGCAGCAGGCAGAGACUGUGGGGAACUACCUCAGUGAGCUGAAGUUCACCAACGCCUUCAGCAGCGACCUGCAGCGUGCCAAACAGACGGCUGAUAUCAUCUUGAGAAACAGCCUGCACUGCUCUGGCCUAGAGGUGGUCAGAGACCCCCUGCUCAAAGAGAGGAGUUUCGGGAUUGCAGAAGGAAGGCCUGUGGAUGAUCUAAAGAACAUGGCCAGUGCCGCGGGCCUGUCCUGCCCCAAUUUCACCCCUCCGCAGGGGGAGACCCCGGCUCAGGUAAAGCUGCGGAUAGAGGAGUUCAUGAGCGCGCUCUUCCUGCGGAUGGCGGCUGACCACGGCGGCCCAGACGGACCGCAGGACGCCUGCGGCUCCAGCGGGGCGGCUUCCUCUCCCGACAGCGAGACCGACGGGCCCGUCGCCAGUCGCCCUGACGACGGGCUGCUCGGCGUCCCCGCCCACGCCCUGGUGGUCAGCCACGGGGCCUACAUGCGCGUAGCGGUGCGCUACCUGGUGGAGGACCUGCAGUGCUCCCUACCCCCCAACAUGAAAGCCUCCCAGCUGUAUUCCGCCUGUCCCAACACGGGCAUCUGCCGCUUCGUCUUCACCCUGCGGCUCACCGACACGGGCCCCGUGCCCGGGGCCGUCCGCUGCGUCUUCAUCAACCGGAAGGAGCACCUGAAAGUCGGCAAGGGGACAGACUAGGGCAGGAGGGCAGGAGAGAGGGAGUAGUGAGGGAGCGGUAGGAGAGUGCAGCUGGCGGAGGGAGGACCACAGUGCUGAACGCCGUGUGCCGCGGUCCCACAGUGAAAACGUCAUUCCCUUUAUUUUACUUUCCUGUUUGAUAACAUUUGGUUCUCACACUUCCCUUCAAACAGAUAAGCCAUUUGAAACAUUUUAAUUGAUUCGCGGAGAAAACUGCAGAGAAAUACUUGACAACAUUGAAAUUGUUGUUGCUGAUUUUAAACACAUCCCUUCCUGGUUGUUGACCUUUACCUGUUCAGCACAACUGCAUUGUGGGUGUGUGAACAUCCCAAGCAGGACGUUUCCCUCAUUGAACAGGCUGUUGGUAUUGAGUAACGAGUUGAGUAACGCCCUUCUUGGUAUGGCCAAGCCUCUGAUGUUUGGUAAUUGUUAAGUAAAGCUGUAAUGUCCUCCAUCUUUUGUCAGAUCAGUAUUAAGGUCUACAGGAAUACAAGUAAUCUUGUCCAUGAUUUUUAAUGUGAAAAAAUAACACAUUUUGUAAUUUGCAAGCAGGCUGAUUUUGUAAAGCAGUUUUCCGAUUUCAAAUCUUUCUUUUGUUUACAAUCCAGCAUAUCUAUUGGUUGAGAGUAUUUAUGAUGUGGCAGUUUGUGAGAGUUUUUUUGGGAGGGGAAGGGUCUCCCUGAUUGGCUGUCCCAUGGUAUGGUUGCUGUUUGCCUGCACCACAGUGCUGGGUGGGCGAGCUACAUGGGAAACUAGUAUUCAGCCAGCAGUCAGUCGUUUUUUAAGAAAUACCUCCUAUAUGACAUAUGAUGUAAUACAUUGAUGAUUAAUUAGCUGCUGUUAGUGCCCUUAUCUAUAUGAAAUGUAAAGGGUAAGUUUAUGAAAUAUGACUGCUGUAAGUGAAUGCACAACUUGAAUGUCUAUGAGUUCAGUGAGCUGAAUCCACACUACAGCACGCACUGUAUCCACAUCAGUCUAACUGAGGGGACCCGUGCUAUUGGUCUUCUGUUUGGCCCACUUUCAUUGUUUCUCCAAUGUGUCCAACAAAGCGACUGAAAAAUAGCUAUUUAUGAAUAACCCAAACUACCUGAGUCAUUGAGUAUGUCAAUGAGUCCUGUAUGUUUCUGUGGAAUACUUAAUUGAGAAUAAAAUUAUUUGUAUUUAUGAGCAAAACAUGACUUGCAUAUGGUGAUUAAAACAUCUGCUAAUUUUCCUUA